AUGAUACGAGCUCCGAGAUCACACUUAUUCCAGAGCAAACCGUCUCUACACCGCAAAAGAAACGUCAGGUCCCUCAAACCUACAAUCAUCUACAUUGACGUUCACAAUCCUACACGCUCCAUCUCAUGUAACCAGGCCCGGAAAUUGAUUCGGCAAAUUAUUGCUGGCCUGCGCGCAGCUGGUCUGCAACAAGGCGAUUGUGUUCUGAUUCACUCUUUCAACGAUAUAAACUAUAGCAUACUGGUGCUGGCCAUCAUUGGAGCAGGAGGAGUCUUCACGGGUUCAAACCCUUCGUACACGCCGCAUGAGCUAGCACAUCAUAUUAAUGCCUCCGAAACGAAAUUUUUGAUCACGGAGCCUGAGAUCUUGGACUCUAUCGUCCAGGCAGGGAAACAGACAAAGAUACCCGAAGAGCGUAUCUGGAUAUUUGACAACCUGGGACAAUCCAUACCGAAAGGAAUGCGAUCUUGGAAACGCUUAUUUGACGCCGGCGAGGAAGACUGGGUGCGAUUCAACAACCCAGAUACCGCUCGCCAAACCACAGCUGCACGUCUGUUCAGCAGUGGUACUACCGGCCUACCUAAAGCCGUCACAAUCACGCAUCUAAAUCUGAUUGCCCAACAUGAGCUGGUCCACGGCAUGCAUUCUCGAUCUUAUCCCAUUUCUCGCGUUAUAGCAGUGCCGGUAUUCCACGCUUCGGCAGCACCUGUGACGCACAUCUCGACAUUGAAAGCAGGAAACGUGGCGUAUAUGAUGCGUCGAUUCGAUCUUCAGAAAUUCCUACAGACCGUUGAAAAGUACAAUGUCACGGAUCUUGCUAUGGUCCCUCCAAUCGUGAUAGCAAUCCUGAUGUCACCUCUUUCCAAACAAAGACGUUUCCUCAAGAAAACCCGAGUUGCAUCCUGUGGAGCCGCCCCGCUAGACAAAGGCAUCCAAGCGCGUUUCCGCUCGCUUAUGGGCGACAAUGCUCCGUUCACCCAAGUAUGGGGAAUGACCGAGUCGUCGUGCAUUGCCACCCACUUCCCCUAUCCCGAACAUGAUAAUACAGGCUCCGUCGGACGUCUCAUCCCGAAUCUUGAAGCUAAAUUAAUCGACGAAGAAGGAAACAACAUCUCAGCCUAUGAUAUUCGCGGCGAGCUAUGCAUUCGCGGCCCCACAGUGACACCAGGAUAUUUCAACAACGCCGCAGCGAAUGCGGAAUCAUUCGACUCAGAAGGCUGGUUCAAAACCGGUGAUAUCGCCUACUGCGACCGCAAGACCCGGAAAUGGUACAUUGUGGACCGCAGAAAGGAAUUGAUCAAAGUCCGCGGCUUCCAAGUAGCACCGCCAGAGCUCGAAGCAGUCCUUUUGUCUCACCCGCAAAUCGUGGACGCGGCUGUCAUUGGAAUUACUUUCCCCAAUGCUGACACCGAGUUCCCGCGUGCUUAUGUUGUUCGACGACCUGGGGAAUCUGGGUCGAGGAUUACAGAGGAGGAAGUCCAGAAGUUUAUUCUUACGCGGCUUGCGAAGUAUAAAGCGCUUACGGGAGGGGUGAAGUUUGUUGGGGCAAUUUCUCGCAAUCCGAGUGGGAAGAUAUUGAAGAGGGUUCUGCGUGAGGAUUCUAAGCGAGAGAUUGAGGCUGGGCUGGUCAAGCCUAAGCUUUAG